AUGCCAAUAUUUGUAUAUUUUAUGGCAUCAAAAAACUGUAAUGUGGAAGAUAAAAUAACUACUGAUUUAGGAACAAUGUUUGUAGUCGUUCAAGGGGAUAGAAAUAAGCCUGCUAUUUUCACAUAUCAUGAUAUUGGAUUGAAUCAUGUUACCAACUUUCAAGCAUUUCUGAAUUAUGCAGACACGCCUAUCCUCAUUCAAUCAUUUUGUAUAUAUCACAUCAAUGCUCCUGGUCAAGAAGAAGAUGCAAUUACUCUUCCAACUGGUUACAUAUACCCAACGAUGGAUCAAUUAGCUGAAAUGCUAACAGUUGUAAUGGAAUAUUACGGACUAAAGCAUUUCAUAGGCUUUGGAGUUGGAGCAGGAGCUAAUAUAUUAGCAAGGUUUGCACUUCAAAGACCCGACUGCGUGGAUGGAUUGUUCCUUAUCAAUUGCACUUCAACUGCUGCCAGCUGGACUGAAUGGGGAUAUCAGAAAUUAAAUGCUAUGAAUUUACGAAAUUCUGGAAUGACAACAUCAACACAAGAAUAUCUUAUGUGGUAUCAUUUUGGAAAAGUAAUUUUUUUUAAUAUUAAAAUUGCGACUCGAAUAGCAUUUUACAUGGACAUUUUCAAUUGUUUCAGGUGUCACGUUUUAUUACUAGCAGGAAAUUUGUCUCCCCAUUUAGAAAUGACUAUAACAAUGAAUAGCCGUUUGGAUCCUACAAAUUCGACAUGGAUGAAGUUAUCUGAUUGUGGUAUGCCAUUGGAAGAACAACCUGCCAAAGUUUGUGAGGCCUUACAUCUUUUUUUACAAGGUUUAGGAUACGCUGCCAAUCAAUUUCGAAGAAGAUCUUCAGCAGCUUCUACUUCUUCAGAUAUUGCAAGUUUAUCAGUGCUUCGUGGUGAAAAUCGCUCACGUCAAAAUUCCUUGCAAAAAGACUAUCCUGGAAGUUUUCUUUCAUCAAAUUACGGUGGAAGACAAGAAGUACAUAUUGUGGAAAAUCCAAUUAAUAUACAUAAUAUAUCAGGUGAUCAAUAAAUGCAUUUAUACAUUUAUACACGCUUGUUACAGCUUCAAAAAAAGUAAAUAAUUGAAUAUUAGCUUUAUCGCUAAUUUUUCAAAUUGAGUCCGCAACUGAGAAAAUUAUUUAUCUUAUAAAAAUAUGUAUUAUAUACUGCAUGAAUCAAGAAUUUUGAAAAGUUAUAUAGAGCUGGAAAUAAUAUUAACAUAGUAACGAUGAUUUCUACAAUAGAAUUUGGCAGCUACAAAAAAUAUUACUCUGUGAUAUGUUAAAGUGAAGUUAGUAUAUUUAGGCAUUUAUUUACCACAAAAAAUAUAUAUAUAUAUGGUGCUGCCUGCUAAUAAAUAGUUGGAAGGAAAAUAGACUCUGAUAGUGAUUAUGUUACAUGUUCAAUAACACGAUAUAAUUUUAAACGUAGAAAAUGAAAACAGAGUUAUGGCUCAAUAUCAGGAUAUAUAACUGAAAAUAAAUUAGAGCCAACAAAGCUUAUUCGUUUAUAUUUGCCUAUCAGCUACACUGUGGCUUUUAUUUUGAGGAGUAUGGCCAAUUUUAUAUAAAACAAUAACUGGCCAACUUUAUUUACAAGCAGCAUUGGUAUGUACUGUACUUGAAAUCUCUGCUUCCAAAAUAUCAUAAACACGUCAUGCCUGUAAAAUAUAUAACAAUGUACUGUACACACUUCAUAUACACACACACUUACAUAUAUAUAAAUAUUGUAUAUUUGCAUAUAAUAAUAUAUAUAUAUACACACAUACAAUUACAGAAUACACGAAAACAAAUACACGAAAAUAAAUAUGUGCAUUUAUUUUAUACACUUUAUUUUAUACUUGUAAGUACAAAACCUUGCUGCUAGCUUAUGAUAACAUAGAAGUCCUGAGUUAAGAAAUGAUGGGACGAAAUCUUAUUUUAAGCAUAAUUAGCUGUAAAUGUUAAAGGAAAAAAAAAAGUUUAGAAUAUAUAUGCAAAUUGUUGCAAUAUGCACUUAUAUGAAAUGUUGCAAAUAUAUAUCUUAUAAAAUGUAUGAAAAUGGACAUUAGAAAUGAUGAUUUUAGAUGUCUAGUCAGAAAUAAUCUAUGUAGAUAAUUCAUUGGACCAUAAACAAGAAAAAUAAAAGUAUCUUAAACAUUGUUUUUA